AUGGCUUCGGCGGCUAAUGGCCAAAAAUCACGCGAGGAAGACAUCCUGCACUCUCUGGGCCGUAUCUUUGACAUUGAUGCACACUGCAAGAAUACUUCGAUCUCUCAGCACCCUUCCAAUCCGUGGAUUGUACCAUUUGAAAGGAACACUCGGUUCACUGAUCACAGCUCUGAACUAGACCAGCUUCACACCAUGCUAUUCAGAGGUGACCAAUUCACAAAAAUCGCAGUCUCCGGGCUGGGAGGAGUGGGGAAAACUCAGCUUGCGCUGGAACUCCUCUACAGACUGAGAGACAAAGGAGAGGAAUUCUCUGCAAUUUGGGUACAGGCUACCACCAUGGAAAGCUUGGAUCAAGGUUACCACGCCGUUGCGGAACAUCUAGGCAAAUCAAAACCCGGCGAUAAAGACGUCAACAUUAAGAAGCUCGUGCAGAGCUUUUUAAGCGAGGACAGCGCACAUCCUUGGGUGCUGGUCUUUGAUAAUGCCGACGACGUCAACAUGUGGAUCGACAAGCCGGAUGGAGGGAGCCAGCAAACGUCUGAUCGGCUGAUGGACUACAUUCCGAAGCACAAAAAAGGCAGGGUUAUUUUCACAACACGAGACAGGAGGGUUGCGGUCAAGCUGGCCAACCAGAAUGUGCUCGAGAUUUCCAAAUUGACUCAAAGCACAGCGAUGGAGAUGUUGCAAAAUUUUCUCAUCCGCAAGGAACUAGUCACAUCCAAGCCAGACGAUGCAAAAGCGAUUCUCGCGUGGCUCACCCACCUUGCACUCGCGAUUGCUCAGGCAGCUGCAUACAUCAACGAGAAUGGAAUCACCCUGGCUGAUUACCUGACACUAAUUGAUUGCCAAGAGCAAGAUACCAUUGAGCUCUUGACAGAGGAGUUUGAGGAUGAUGCGAGAUACUCAGACAUGAAAAACCCAAUUGCCACGACAUGGCUGGUCUCCUUCCAGAAGAUUCAGCAACGGGAUCCUCUAGCAGCAGAUUAUAUGUCUUUUAUGGCUUGUCUUGACCACAAAGAUAUCCCCCAGCUCCUCCUCCCACCUGGACCAUCACGCAAGAAGGAGAUAGACUCUAUCGGGACUCUAAGCGCCUACUCAUUCAUCACAACGCGCUCCGAGGACGGGGCGCUUGACUUGCAUCGGCUCGUCCACCUCGUGAUCCGGAACUGGCUCCGGAUCAAGGGAGUUCUUGCGGACUGGACUCGCAAAGCAGUCGUACGCUUGGAAGAAGUCUUCCCGGACCAUGAACAUAGGAACCGGACCGUCUGGAGAGUCUAUUUACCUCAUGCAAAUCAUUUGUUAGAGUCAAAUCUUAUUGAGAAAGACGACGCCAGCAUCAACUUGAAGUGGAAAAUUGCACUGUGCUAUUAUAGCGAUGGUCGAUACAGUGAAGCGGAGACCUACCUACGAGAAGUGAUGGAGGCCCGAACACGAAGACUGGGACCGGAGCAUCCUGACACGCUCAAGUGUAUGGCGAGGCUAGCUCUGACGUACCAUGCACAAAGCCGGUUUCAAGAGUCCAAGGCGCUUGGAUUGAGAGCAUUCAACGCCCAGAGUCGCAUUCUCGGCGAGGAAGACCCGGAAACGCUGUCGACUAUGAGCCACCUUGCUAUGACAUGCAGUGACCUCCCUCAGUGGAAGGAAUCAGAAGAGCUCGAGCUUCACGCCAUGAAACUCCGAAAGAGUGUGCUAGGUAGUGAGCAUCCAGAUACUCUUGUGUGUAUGAGCAACCUGGUUUAUCUGUAUAACUGUCAGGGGUGGUGGGAGCGCGCCGAGCAACUCGGCAAAGAAACCAUCACUGCGCGCAAGAAAGUGCUCGGCGUUGAGCAUCCUGACACGCUUCUCAGUAUCGGCAACCUGGCACACACUUACAACAACCAGGGUCGGUAUAAAGAUGCAGAAGAAUUACUGGUACAGGUGGUGCAAGCUCGCAUGCGAGCGCUGGGAGAAGAUCACCCACAUACCCUCAGCGGCAUGAGCAACCUGGCCGUCAGCUACCAUAAUCAGGGUCGAUGGGAUGAGGCGGAAGCACUUCAGGCGAAAGUUGUGGGGGCGCGCAAGACCUUGUUAGGUGCGGAGCACUUUUCGACCCUGACAAGCAUGGCUCAUUUGUCUUCGACGUAUCAAAGCCAGGGUCGUUUGUCCGAGGCGGAGUCGCUGGGGUUGCAGGUUAUGGAGCUGCGCAAAAAGGUACUUGGUCUGGAGCACCAUCAUACCCUGGCCAGCAUGACCAGCCUUUCGUCGAUGUAUCUGGAGGAUGGGCAGUUGGCCAAGGCCGAGGAUAUUGCACUGAAUGUGCUGGCGAUCCGGGUGAAGGUGCUAGGUAUGCGGCAUCACCAUUCUCUUUCGAGUAUGGCGCACCUAGCAACCAUAUACAAACAGCAGAGCCGAUUUGCCGAAGCCGAAGAUUUAGAAAUGCAGAUCAUUGAGGCUCGGGAGAAGUCAGAGCCCUGA